GCGACCUGCGAUCGCCGCCGCCGCCGCCCCUCUCCCAUCGGCCAUGGCGUCCUACAAAUACGCUCCCCUGUCAAGACCCUAAGCCCCACAAAGCAAGCAUCUGCAUCUCCUCUUCUCUCCCUCCUCGCCGCCUCCCCUCGUCGAUCCGUCGCGCUUGGGGAGACGACGCCUUCUCUUCUCGCUUGCUAAUCAAAGCUCUCGUUCUCUUUUUUUUUUCCCGUUAAUUUCCUCGUGUUUAGUUAAUUAUACCAUCUUCUUAGCGUGUUAAUUUGUUCUGUAUUACUCUCUAAUCAAUCCGGUUUACCGUGGUGAUUUCACUUGUUGUUUGAUAUUACUGCUGUUUGUUUGCAUUCUAUUUUUGUGCUUGUGUUGGUCUAUUCCCUUCUGUUUCUGCUAACCAUGGACGCAGGAUCCCACUCGAUCUCAUCGGAGAAGAGCCGCGGGCUCGCUCCGCGCCCGCCGCUCCAGGAGGCCGUCUCCCGCCCGUACAUACCAUCACUGAGCACUGCCCCACGCAACCCGGCUGCCAAGUGCUACGGGGACAGGUUCAUACCGGACAGGUCGGCGAUGGACAUGGACAUGGCGCACUACCUGCUCACGGAGCCCAGGAAGGACAAGGAGAACGCGGCAUCGUCCCCGUCCAAGGAGGCGUACCGGAGGCUGCUCGCCGAGAAGCUGCUCAACAACCGGACCCGGAUCCUUGCCUUCCGGAACAAGCCUCCGGAGCCCGAGAACGUCUCUGCUGCGGAUACUGCUUCUUCCCAUCAGGCCAAGCCGGCCAAGCAGCGGCGCUACAUUCCCCAGUCUGCGGAGAGGACUCUGGAUGCACCAGACCUCGUCGACGAUUACUACCUUAACCUGCUCGACUGGGGGAGCAACAACGUGUUGUCAAUUGCGCUGGGCGACACGGUGUACCUGUGGGACGCUUCGAGCGGAUCCACAUCUGAGCUCGUGACUGUCGACGAGGACAGUGGCCCGAUCACCAGCGUCAGCUGGGCUCCCGACGGUCAGCAUAUCGCCGUUGGCCUUAACUCGUCUGACAUCCAGCUCUGGGACACCAGCUCCAACCGACUGCUGAGAACUCUGAGAGGUGUACACGAGUCAAGAGUCGGUUCACUGGCAUGGAACAACAACAUCCUGACCACUGGCGGCAUGGACGGCAACAUUGUGAACAAUGACGUAAGAAUCAGGAACCAUAUCGUGCAGACGUACCAGGGGCACAGCCAGGAGGUGUGCGGGCUCAAGUGGUCUAGUUCAGGGCAGCAACUGGCCAGCGGUGGCAACGACAACCUUCUGCACAUUUGGGAUGUGUCCAUGGCAUCCUCUGUCCCAUCCGCAGGUCGCAACCAGUGGUUGCACAGAGUUGAGGAUCACACAGCCGCUGUGAAAGCGCUCGCCUGGUGCCCAUUCCAGAGCAACCUGCUGGCAACUGGUGGUGGUGGUAGUGACCGGUGCAUCAAGUUUUGGAACACGCACACCGGUGCAUGCUUGAAUUCUGUUGAUACCGGAUCACAGGUUUGCGCUCUUCUCUGGAACAAGAAUGAGAGAGAGCUGCUGAGUUCACACGGAUUCACACAGAACCAACUGACUUUGUGGAAGUAUCCAUCCAUGGUUAAGAUGGCUGAACUCACUGGCCAUACCUCCCGUGUCCUUUUCAUGGCUCAGAGUCCUGAUGGUUGCACGGUAGCAUCGGCUGCUGCAGAUGAGACCCUACGGUUCUGGAAUGUGUUUGGAAGUCCUGAAGCGCCCAAGCCUGCAGCCAAGGCUUCCCACACUGGGAUGUUCAACAGCUUCAACCAUAUCCGAUAAAGAUGAACCACGAGAACAAACUCUUCUAUCGGAUACAGGUCCUUUGGACAGCAUAGAUGAUCAUGCUGAUGAGACGACCUUGGCUAACAGGCGUUGCAAGACAUUACAGUCCUUCGCAUUGUUUCAGCAAUUCGGGAGGAAUGAAAAUGAAAAACUGAGUCUGGCAAUUCUGUCAGCUUUAGUUACGUCUUUUGGUAGUGUAUGUACAGGGCACGCUUGUUAAUACUGAGUCUUUGAUUGGUUUGAUGCACCAAAAGAUCAGAUUUUUAAAAGAAUCUUUUGGUGGAAACAUCAAAUGAUUGGUUUGAUGUAACAAAACAAGAAUGGUAAAUUCAAAAUAUUUUGAGUGUGUUUUUGUUACACCAUCCAGAAUACUAAUAACACAUUUGAUUAAGGUUCUG